AUGGUAUGCGUUUGUGGUUCAAUUUUUUGCUAUAUAUGUGGUAGAAAGUGGGCUAGUGAGGAUCAUAGUCUCUGCACUGCUAAUAAUUUUGAGGAACCAGAGUUCUUCGAUAUUCCUAACAAAUUGUUUGCGGGAAUAUCAUUGAAAAUAUUCAUUAAGUGCAGAAAGUAUCGGAAAGAUCGUGAAAGAAAUAAACUUCGGCAUUUGUGCAUGAUACUGAAACGACGUUUUCCUGAGAAUAUCUUACAAAACGAAUGUGUUGUUUCACUAUUCGAAAUGAUCGAACUUCUGCGACGAAAUGCUAGGCGUUCCAAGCAGCAUUGUAUAGCUUACUUAAUGGCAGCUGGGAAAUUGCGACAGCGUGUUGGCCCAGUAGAGUUUAGUCUUUAUCGUUUGCACGACGCUAUGCGAUCUUCAAAGUCAAGUGUUGAUGAAAUCAUAAAUUCACAAAACAUUCUGCUUUGGUAUCUUAAUGAUGCGUAUAGCUGA